CUCUUCCUCUUUCCUCUCCAUCCUUGUUCCUCUUCUCCUCCCCAUGAUCACCCCCUCCCACCCCCCCUUUAAUGGUUCAUCUUUUGCUUCCUUAGCCUCUUCUCAGAGACCAACCUAGCUAGCUAUACUUUCUUUAAUUUCUGCAUGCACCAACAGUUGCUUUCAUGCAUGCACUUUCUUCUAUUUAUUUUCUCUUUCACAAACAAAAAAAGAGAAGAGUUCUGAGAGAGGAGGAGAAAGAAUAAGAGAUCUUGGCCAAGAUCUAGGCUACUAUCAAGCAAUUUCUUAUUCUUUCCUUUAGAUUCUUGGUUGGUAUUUGCUCCUUUUUUGUAAGCCCAUUAACAAAGUAUAUACACACCUUGGAUGAUCACUAAACCUAAUUUGUCACCUGUCCCAGCUACUCUUCAAUAUUCCUUUUAGGAACCAUCAAAUUAAAGAUAUGAUGAUGAGAACAAGCAAAACACGUUUGGGGGAAUGAAGAGAGGAAGAGAGAUCAUGAUGAAGGUAGCUAGGUGCAUGAGAAAUUAGGGUUUGGUGGAGGCGAAAUAUGCCUGGAGGGAUCAUCAUGAAUCCAAUGAGACAUGUUCCCACAUCGAUGAUCGGAAGGAACGCCGGCGCCUUGUAUGGGUCUUCAUCGCCGCUUUCCCUUGGGCAGAUCGCAAGCCCAAACAUGUUGGAGGGGCAGCAACUUCCAGUACUCCAACACCAACACCACCAUCUUAUGGAGAUCCCGCAGCUGCAGGCGGUCACCGCAGAGAGCGAGUCGGUGCAGCCGGCUCUGGAGGAGGAGUUUGAGAGCAAUAAGUCGGGCAGCGAGAACGUCGAGGUCGAGGACGCCUUCGCUGACGAUCAGGACCCGAACCAACGGCCGAAGAAGAAGCGAUACCACCGCCACACCCAACACCAAAUUCAAGAGUUGGAGUCGUUCUUCAAGGAGUGUCCUCACCCGGAUGACAAGCAGCGGAAGGAGCUGAGCCGAGAGCUCGGUUUGGAGCCCCUCCAAGUCAAAUUCUGGUUCCAAAACAAGCGCACCCAAUUGAAGGCUCAGCAAGAGCGGCAGGAGAACGGCCAUCUGCGUGCCGAUAACGAGAAGCUGCGGGCGGAGAACAUGAGGUACAAGGAGGCCCUCGGCAAUGCUUCGUGCCCCAACUGCGGCGGCCCCGCCUCCCUCGGCGAGAUGUCCUUCGACGAGCACCACCUUCGCAUCGAGAAUGCUCGCCUAAGGGAAGAGAUUGAUAGGAUAUCGGCAAUAGCAGCAAAGUACGUCGGGAAGCCGAUAGCGUCAUACCCGCUGAUCCCCGAUUCAUUCUCGUUGCACUCGCCGUUAGAAUCGUUUACUGAUCAUCAUCAUCAGAUGCUCGGCGGUGGGGAGAUACUAAGGAGCCAUUCAGAGAUCGAGAAGCCGAUGGUUAUCGAGCUCGCGGUUGCUGCCAUGGAAGAGCUCAUCAGGAUGGCUCAGCUCGGUGAGCCGCUCUGGACGCUGGACGGACGCUGCACGGAGAAACUCAACGAAGAAGAGUAUGCGCAGAAUUUUCCGAGAGGUAUCGGGCCGAAACCGUUCGAUCUCAAGUCCGAGGCGUCGAGGGAGACCGCGGUAGUUAUAAUGAAUCAUAUCAACCUUGUUGAGAUACUAAUGGAUGUGAAUCAGUGGCGUACAAUUUUCUCUAGUAUUGUCUCGAGAGCUACUACUUUGGAAGUGCUAUCAACAGGAGUUGCAGGCAACUACAAUGGAGCAUUGCAAGUGAUGUCGGCAGAGUUCCAAGUACCGUCCCCGCUCGUCCCGACGCGAGAGAGCUUAUUCGUGAGGUACUGCAAGCAACACGCAGACGGAACCUGGGCGGUGGUCGACGUCUCCUUGGACAGUUUACGCGCCAAUAGCCCUGCAACGCUUUGCCGACGGAGGCCAUCGGGCUGCUUAAUCCAAGAAAUGCCAAAUGGUUACUCCAAGGUGAUCUGGGUUGAACAUGUUGAUCAAGUGGAUGACAGGUCUGUGCACAAUAUAUACAAGCCCUUAGUGAACUCAGGACUCGCAUUCGGGGCGAAGAGAUGGGUUACUACCUUGGAUCGGCAGUGCGAGCGUCUGGCGAGUGUGAUGGCGAGUAAUAUUCCCUCCGGCGAUAUCGGCGUUAUAACAAGCGCGGAAGGGAGGAAGAGCAUGCUGAAGUUGGCAGAGAGGAUGGUCAUAAGCUUCUGCGGGGCAGUGACGGCCUCGACGACCCAUCAAUGGACGACGCUAUCAGGGAGCGGUGCCGAGGAUGUGAGGGUAAUGACGAGGAAGAGUGUUGAUGACCCCGGUCGGCCUCCUGGAAUUGUUCUCAAUGCUGCCACCUCCUUCUGGCUUCCCGUAUCACCGAAGCGGGUCUUCGAUUUCCUCCGCGAUGAGAGCUCUCGGAGUGUGUGGGACAUCCUCUCCAAUGGCGGCGUUGUUCAAGAAAUGGCUCACAUAGCUAAUGGCAGAGACCACGGCAAUUGCGUAUCUCUCCUCCGUGUCAAUAGUGUGAACUCAAACCAGAGCAAUAUGCUGAUACUCCAAGAGAGCUGCACCGAUCCGACGGGAUCAUACGUGAUAUACGCACCAGUGGAUGUCGUGGCCAUGAAUGUUGUGCUGAACGGCGGCGACCCCGACUGCGUCGCACUCCUGCCAUCAGGCUUUGCCAUACUUCCUGACGGGCCCUCUGCUGUGCCCGGUGGCACCACCGUAGAGGUCGGCUCUAGCGGGUCUCUUCUGACGGUAGCAUUUCAAAUAUUGGUCGAUUCAGUUCCAACCGCGAAGCUCUCGCUCGGGUCGGUCGCAACAGUUAACAGCCUCAUUGCGUGCACUGUCGAGAGGAUCAAGGCUGCGGUGUGCGGUGAGAGCUGACGGCCGGUGAAUCUGAGAGAGGUUAAUGACCGAAUGGAGUUGGGGAAUGAUUUAGAUCAUAAAAGUGGCGAGUCAAGAACGCACCUCAGACUCUCCUUGCCAUGUGGUGUUGGCUAUGCAUUGUUUGCAUCUCUCUCUCUCUCUCUCUCUCUCUCUCUCUACACCACCACCACUAUGCAAGGGGUGUUGGUUCGGGUAUUGACUUUCCCUCUCUCUCUCUCUAAAAGUGCUUCUACCUACAAGUUUUCUGAGGCACCUCUCUAUCUAGUUUCCUAGAUCUGUUAUUUGUUCUUCUUUUGUAAGUGUUUUCCCUUGAAGUGAUAGUUGAGAAAUACUCUGUUGUUAGUUUAUGUGACUACUUUGGCUCCCAUCUCGUGAA